AUGGAUGAUGGUACAGAUGUUUUUGAUUUGACAAUUUAUGAGAUGGACGACGAGCAGGAAGACGCUGCAUUUUAUGAUGUGCGCAUGAUUUCAUUUGCAGGUAUUCCGGAUUCUGCAGUGCAAUGUUUCGAUAUGACUUAUUCGGAUGGAGAUUCGCAGUGGGAAUGUGCAGAAGGAUCCAUUUGUGCCGUUAGUCAGAGCACAAACGAGAGCGAUCAGGUGGCGGCCACGUUGAGGCCUGAGCUUGCAGAGAUUGGAACAGGUUGGAAGCAGAUUAGCGAGACAUGCUGGGCAGUGAAAUUGUUCGGCAUGAACUUCACAGACGUGGCAGCGAGCUUGCCGCGAGCUGAAGUGGACAGUAAGAUCGAAGAGCUGCAGGAACCCACCGAGAUGAUCACUCUUGCUCAUCGAGGAUAUCAGGACACUGCGAAGCUGGGUUUCGAU